AGUGCGCGGCUCGGCGGCUGUUGCUUUACUUAGUCGCUUUGCGAGUCUGGAGCUGGUCAUUUGCGAGACGAUGCACGCGAUGAGGACGAGCCAUCAGAGACCGGUGGCUGUGAUCGGUGUCCUUUUGUGUUUUGGAAUCUUGGCCGAUUGCAGCGGAAGAACGACCAACGAGACCGAGGCGAAGCUUGCAAAGCUUGUCAAGAUCUUCAGUAAACCCGGCGCUUUCAAUCAGAUAGACGCGAUCUUCGGCGAAGAAGAGCCACUAUUGUUGUCAUCGCAGGUGACAGGAGGAUCCGGAGCGACCUCGACCUGUCCAGUGGGCGAAGAAGGCCUGGAAUGCAGGCGCGCGGAGGCGCGACGCUCCGUCGAUUGUCCUCGAGGCGACUGCUAUUGCUACAACUGCUCGAAGGCGGGCUCGGAGCUUUGGGCUUCCUGCUGCCGGGAGAGCUUAAAAUGCUGCUCCCACCUCGCCGCCGCCUGUCGCACCUGUGACCAGCCCCCGCUCUUCUCCUUCUGCGCUAAACACUUCAAGAGAUGUCUCAGCCAACUAAACGACAAAAAAACCAUCACCUGAUCAGAUACGUGAACUGUCGAA